AUGCCCUCAUCGGCCUUAGCGCGGGGCUUCUACCACAUACCCUCUCUUCCAGGCCACGUUGUGGGCAUCUGGCCUCAGGAACGACGUGCCUUCUAUGUGAAUCUGGUCUUCGGCUUCAGCUUCUUCGUGGUGCUGAUGGGCGCCGUGGGCGAGAAUCUGUACGGAGUGCUCUAUAUAAGCAAUCUGGUGACCGCACUGGAGGCCUUCUGCCCGGGUACCACCAAAGCCGUUUGCGUGCUGAAGAUGACAAUCUUCUUUGUCCAUAAUCGGGAAUGGCAUUCGCUGGUACAGCGUCUCAGGAAAAUGAUGUGGGCAGCGGAUGAUGCAGCUGAUCAGCAUAUGCUGGCACAGCUCUCGAAAACAGCCAAUAAAUUGGCGCUGUUGCUGCUCGUAUCCGGCAGUCUAACCAACACGGCCUUCAAUCUCCAACCUUUGGUAAUGCAUGCCUACAGGCGUUGGUACGGGCUGCCCAGAAAUGUGGAUUUGCCUUUCAACAUUAUAUUGCCCGACUUUUCCACAAAGCAGCCGAUGUUUCCUUUCACAUAUGCGCUACUCACGUCCUCGGGCUUCUGUACUGUGUGUGUAUUCAGCAGCGUCGAUGGAUUCUUUUUGUGUAGCUACCUGUACAUCUGUGGAGUGUUCCGACUGGUGCAGCACAACAUCAGGAGUAUAUUUGUUGGGCUGCACGAUGGUGAGUCUAUUGAAUUCUAUUCGCCGUCGGUGAAUGCCCUGAUUCAGGGGAGACUUAAAGUUAUUAUUGAGCGCCACAAUGCGAUUAUCGAUUUGUGCACGGACCUGACGCGUCAAUUUACCGUUAUCGUUUUAAUGCAUUUCCUGUCGGCAGCCUUCGUUUUGUGUACUACAAUUUUGGAUAUCAUGUUGAACAGCGCCUCCUUGAGCGGCUUAACCUACAUCUGCUAUAGCGUCGCCGCCUUGACGCAACUCUUUAUCUAUUGCUAUGGCGGCAAUCAUGUCAGCGAGAGUAGCGCGGCUGUGGCGGACACGUUGUACGACAUUGAGUGGUAUAAAUGCGAUGUGAAGACUAGAAAAAUGAUUUUAAUGAUAUUGCGGCGUGCGCAACGCGCAAAAACAAUUGCGGUCCCGUUUUUUACACCAUCGCUGCCGGCCUUCAGUUCGAUACUCAGCACAACUGGCUCAUAUAUCACGCUGCUGAAGACAUUCCUGUAA